GAACCUCUGCAUCUGGUAGUGUUGUUGGUCAAUCCUCACCCAAUACACAUUAUCCCCCUAUCCCAUAGCAUACCUGGGAUUCUCCAAACCACUUCUCCAUGUCUUCCUUUUGAUGGGUUUAGGGCGGUAAAUGGGUUGCAUCAGCUCAAAACAGGCGAAGCCCUCUCCACCGCCUUCGCCUGUUUCCCAUUAUCUUUUUACCGUCCUGCCUCUUCCUCCACCUCCUCCUCAACAUGGCGAUUCCACCUUAAUUCAGGAUUCCUCGAGAAUCAAGAGAGGUGGUGUUGGUUUUGUUGAAUUGGAGAAGAUAAAAGAGGAGCCCGAGAAGGAGGAGGCAGCCGUGGCAGUGGUGGUAGUAGAAGGGGAAGAAAAUGUUAUUGGGGGUGGUGAUAAUCUCAUUGUUAAACAUGAGUUGAUUAACAACGAUUCUAGUAAAGGAACCGAGAGGAAAGGAGCGUCUUUCGUUUUGAGAUUUGGGAGAUACACGGAGGCCGAGCAAAUUGCUGCCGGUUGGCCUCCGUGGCUCAGUGCAGUCGCCGGUGAGGCCAUUGACGGAUGGCUACCUCUUAAAGCCGACUCGUUUGAGAAAUUGGACAAGAUUGGACAAGGAACUUACAGCAAUGUGUACAGAGCUCGCGAUCUAGGAAGAAAUGGUAAGUUAGUUGCUUUAAAGAAGGUCAGGUUCGACACCUUUCAAAAAGAGAGCGUGAGGUUUAUGGCGCGAGAAAUAGUUUUCCUAAGAAGGCUUAAUCACCCAAACGUGAUGAAACUGGAAGGCGUCAUUACAAACCGAUUAUCCUGCAGUAUCUACUUGGUUUUCGAAUACAUGGAACACGAUCUUUCAGGUCUCUUAUCCUGUCCAGACAUCAAAUUCACCGGUUCCCAAAUUAAAUGUUACAUGAAACAGCUCCUAAACGGAGUCGAACACUGUCACGAGCGAGGAAUCAUGCACAGGGAUAUAAAAACAUCCAACAUUCUAGUGAACAACGAUGGGAUUUUGAAGAUAGCAGAUUUCGGCCUUGCCAAUUACACAAGCUCAAGACAAAGGAGGGAACCGUUGACUAGCCGGGUGGUUACACUAUGGUAUCGACCACCCGAACUUCUAUUAGGUUCGACCAAUUACGGCCCUUCAAUCGAUUUAUGGAGCGUUGGGUGCGUAUUCGCAGAACUUAAUAUGGGAAAGCCUAUUCUAAAAGGUAGAACUGAAGUUGAACAACUACAUAAGAUUUUCAAACUAUGUGGGUCUCCUCAAUCUGAUGAAUUCUGGAGAAAAUCAAAACUUCCACUUGCCUCAUCUAUGUUCAAACCACAACACCCUUAUCAAAGUACUCUAAAAGAAAGGUGCAAGGAAUUACCCAAGAGUGCAGUUCAAUUACUUGAAACUCUCCUUUCAAUUGAACCUCUUAAGAGGGGAACUAUUCCAUCCGCCAUGGAUUCUGAAUAUUUCAAAUCAAAGCCUUUUCCAUGUGAACCUUCAAACUUACCAAAGUAUCCACCUAACAAGGAAAUUGAUGCAAAAGUUCGAGAAGAAGAAGCUAGAAGGUGA